CUAAGAGAAAUUUGCGGUAACACCAUGUGAAUAUCUCUUUUGAGUGGUGUUGGUUCUGAAAAGAACCGGUGGUUAAGGACUCAACGUUCCAAAUCAGCAGACUCUGAUUGUCUUCAGGAGAAUUCUGGCAAUGAAACCAAAGAUUCCACAUAAGUGAACUUAAUCACAUGCUUGAGGAAACCUGUAAUUAAGAGUGCUUGCUAUGUGGACCAGAAACAUUGUUGUUGUUAACCCCUACUCUACCACAAUAAGUGUUCUGAGAUCGAUUUCCUAAAGAUAGUCCUAACUUAGGACUAGUUGGAGUUAUUAAAAUCUUAAGGCUAGUCCGAGUCACUCGUCCCUUUUCAAGAUAGGACUAGUCUUAACUCUUUGUGAAAUCCACCCAACUGUUCUUUUCCGUGCACUACCAGUCUUAGUACACAGGAACUACAGCUUAAUGUUCUUUUUGUUUUAAUAUUCCAGAGCUGUACAACACAACCUCUGAGCUGUGCUGCGGUAACACCACCAUACCACGAUCAACCCCGUCCCUCCAGUGCUGUGGGAACACCAGCUACGACACUCUCCAAGAAACCUGCUGUCACCACGUUGGUCAAAGCUUCACGGGCCUGAAUCUGUCUUGCUGCUACUCCACCCGAUUCACCACAGUAGAUGUAUAUAAUCCUCUGACUCAGACUUGUUGUCGUGGAAGAAGAGAUGUUGGUGUCUAUCCAGAACCAAACAGCAGCAUGAAAUGUUGUGCCGAAUCACUGCUACAGGAUAACCAGUUGUGUGACAGGGCCCGACGUCAGCCAAUCACCAAGGAGCACGAUGAGGACAAUGCCGUCUGUAGAUCAACAAGGCUACGCACUGGACGCCCACGACAAGGAGGAGCGAUACAAACAUACAACCAGGAAACUCAUGUAUGUACCACCAAUGGCAAUGUACUGGUGAGAUUGCCCGGCGAACAAAUCUGCGGUCAGAAACUGUUUAACCCCGCCUCAGAACUGUGUUGCGGUGGCCGAAUCUUCUCCGUCAACGACCAGUACGGAAAUCCAAGAGAAUGCUGCGGCAACAGCGUCUUUGUUUACGCACCGAGUCUACAGUGUUGCUUCGGUAACAGAGUUGAAAACAUACCACAGAAUGUUGCUGGGUUGUGUAGGAAUCGUGCCUACAACGUCAACACCAGUUCAUGCUAUCGAAACAGUGUGGUGCGACGCCGUUGUGACAUCGAUAACUACCCAGAUCUCUGCAGCACUGGCUCCGAUCCCAGUCUAUGGAUUCCAUACAACCCACGAGACAACGAGUGUUGCGGCGAGACCCUGAUCGGUCCCGGCCAGACGUGUUGCAGCGGACAGGUUUACGCAACACCGGGUACGACUAUCGGCAGUGGUAGAUGCUGCAGGGACGAGGGAGGAUACAACCCGGCCGAGGAAAUCUGUUGUAAUGGGAGACUGUUUAUGACAAAUGGAACAGACAUGGAGUGCUGUGGAAACCGACCCUUUGACCUGCUCGACGGCGCAGAGACCUGCUGCGAUGACAAACUUUACUCCUCCGAUAGUAGACAAACCCUGUGCACUGAUGGGGUUGCACACAGUCCAAUAGAGACAGUUUGCAAUGGAGUGCUGUAUGGUGUAGCUAACGGAGACUGCUGUGGAAGGUCCAUCAUAAACGAUACCACGAUAUGCUGCGACGGCCACAUGUAUUCCAAGGUUGAUCAUGGAACUCACUGCUGUGGUAGGGUGGCUUACGACCCAGCAUCUCAACCCUCGCCACUCUGCUGUGGCGACUCCCUGUACACCGACGCCCCCACGCUACAGUGCUGUGGUAACCAGGCUAUUGACACAACCGAGCGUCAGUGCUGUAGUACGGCCGGGCAUCAGUUUGCCCUACUGAGGACCAGUGGACAAUCCUGCUGCGGAGGGAGCGAUGGCUACGAUGAGACGCUCCACACCUGCUGCCAGGGAAUGCUGCAUAAGUUUAUUACCGAUGGGGAGUGCUGCGGGCAAGGGGUUGUGAGGGACCCGUCACAGGAGAUUUGCUGCAAUGGUAGAAUUCAGGCAAGAGACUAUGGAGACCACACAAUAUGCUGCAAUAACAUCAUACGUGACGCCCGUCGUGUCAUCUGCUGUGGAAAUGCUUCCGUCUCACGCCAAUCCAAAUGGCAAGAAUGCUGCAACGGUGUCGUCAUCAACAAGGGAGAACAACAAUGCCCAGACACAGACAUCCAAACUAGGGGUCUUCAAGACGCAGAUAUCCAAACUAGAGGUCUUGAAGACACGACUCAUAGGAUUUAUGCCAGGCAGACGGAGCACGCCCAAAGGGUUGCCGGAAACGGAACAGACGCCAUGGAGCUGGGCAUCGAAACGACCACGAAUGCUGACGGGAGGACACCUCAUCUGGAGCGUAUGAUGCCGAGAGAUGCUACCAAGACAACAGGGGUGGUGUGUAAUGGUCUGGCUUACGAUCCCAACACUCAGGGCUGCUGUCAUGGUACUCUAUACAAGCUAACCAAUGAGACCUGCAUGGGCGGACUGAUCGGGGGAAUCUGUGAUGGCAUCGCCUACAAUCCCUCCACUCACGGAUGUUGUGGAGUGAUUGUGUUCAACCGCACCACUGAAUAUUGUGAUGAAAUAGUUUCUCCAUCGGCUGACCAGGAUUCUGAGAUCAGUGAUGGUACCCAGCCAACUGUAAACGCAACCCUGAGGCCACUGUGCGGAGGAGUCAUCUACGAUCGGCUUCAACAUGGUUGCUGUGGUGACCAGCUCUACAAUCUCAGCUCAGAGUACUGCGGCGAAUCUGAAACAGUCAUUCCCAGAAUCGCAGAGCAGCCUGAUGAGCUAUCAACGACAAGAGUGACCACAAUCUCUUCAUAUGAGACAAGCACUGUUCCCGACAGCACAGAGUACCCAGAAAUAUCUGAAGAAGAAUGCAACGUUCUCAGAGCCCAAGAAAACGUAACGGAUGACUAUCAAUGCUGCCAAAGCCUUCUGUACAGACCAGAGAAUGCAACUUGCUGCCAGGGCAUCUCAUCUAGUAACAACGGUACCGCUGUGAUUUGGAGCGCCGUGACGGUCGGUGUAGCCUACGGGCGUUGCUGUAACCAGACGGCUUACGAUUCCUCAGAGGAAGUAUGCUGUAACGAGAGGAUCCUGGCCAAGACGUGGUUGACUCCGGACUCGUUCAACACAUGCUGCAAACCGGGAGAGAAGUGGAAUCGUUUCUUGGACUCAUGCGAGACGGCACCGACGUAUGAACCCUUCAUGGAGGAUGAAACAGAAACAUCCGGAAUGACACCAGAGGAGUAAGAGUGAUGGUUCCAGCCAGUUCUACCAAGAAACUCUGAGAGUGAGGCAGAACCGAAACAGACCAAAAAACAAAAUAAAACAUGUAUGCUACAUUAGCUAUCAGUAAAUUUGUUUUCCCCAUUGUAAGUGUAUUACACUGAAUAAUAAAUAGUAAGUUUUUCUUGCACUAAGUAUAUCCAAUAAUUUUGUACGCACUAUUUAUUUUUGUAUUUGAAAUGUUUACCGCAAUA